UGACCUGAUUGCAUGUACUUUGUUGACAUUUGUCCCAUACAGACGGCCAAGCGACGAAACAACGGACGCAACAAGAAGGGUCGCGGGCACGUACGCCCUGUGCGCUGCACCAACUGCGCCCGCUGUGUGCCCAAGGACAAGGCCAUCAAGAAGUUUGUCAUCAGGAACAUUGUGGAGGCUGCGGCUGUCCGUGAUAUCCAGGAUGCCAGCGUUUAUGAGGUGUACGCUUUGCCCAAGCUGUAUGCAAAGCUUCACUACUGCGUGAGCUGUGCCAUUCACUCCAAGGUGGUGCGUAACAGGUCCAAGGAGGCUCGGAAGGACAGGACACCCCCUCCCCGCUUCCGCCCAGGAAUGGCUUCUGGACAGCAGGCAAGACCAGGCGGUGCAGGUGGGCGUUAAUUUUUCUCCGAAUAGUCAAAUUUGGAAUCCAUCACCCUGGCAACCCCAUGGCAACACCACGUCAACAGGAACCAUCCCUGGCGCAACGACACCGUUACUUUUUCCCAACACAAGAUUUGACUGUUCAAUGUAAAACUUUCAAAUCAAUUCUCAAAAAUGUCUACACGACAGGCUCAUCGCAAAGGCUUUGAUGAAUAAAUUGCCAUAUGAAAAGUGGCUUAAUGGCUCAGUUUAA